CGAAGGAAUUCUGUACGCUCGAUUGGCUGUGGCCAUAUUCACUACGCGUCGCGUCAGCCUGAAGUCUUGCGAGGUUUUGUUCGCUGCUUGAAAUUAAUCGAGUCUGGAGAUCCCCCAAAUUACGACUACAUUGGAACACAUUUCGGAAUAGUGAAAUCGAUGAUGGACCCGACGUACACCCGUUUAAAUGAAAAUAGCAAGGUUAUUGUCGUUGAAGGAAAUAUCGCGUCGGGGAAAUCCCACCUUGCGGCCAGAUUAUCCAGCUACUUUGGAAUGGUUCAUUUUCCUGAUCCAACGGAGGACGAUAUUUACCGCAUUAAUAGUGAUCCUCCAUUUGACCUGCGCGUUCACAAUGCUCUUUUACCUGAUUCCGCGAAGUAUUACACGGGAGAAAUAUACUGGAAUUACUUAAAGGCCUUGUGCUGUUUAUUCAACACAGGUUUGAGCAUAUAUUCAUCCUUUUUCAGAAAUUGCUUUUUCGGAGGCCAUGUACAAGUGUGGCCCCAUUUAGUUAUUUAUGUAAAGGCACCGAAAGAGCAAAUUCGAGAACAUCUGAAGAAGCGCAACAUCGUACGUUCCUCGCAAUCAACGUGA